AUGUCUCCCGUCAGCAUAUCCAAGGGGGGCACCUCCUCCCACACGCCCGAAGAGUCCUACACGCAAAUGGCCGAUACCGACCUCGAAUCAAUCGGCCGCCACUGCCAAUUCGAAUACUGCGGGCAACUCGACUUUCUCCCUUUCCGCUGCGAAUCCUGCCGAAGCACAUUCUGCCUCGAUCACCGGUCCGAAACCGCCCACAAAUGCCCUCAUGCCGGUGAAUGGGCGCGCCGGCGCAACGGCACCUCCAACCAGAAAGAGAAUCGCAUUGCGCCGGAAAAGCCCAACAUCUAUAACUCCGACCAGUGUGCACACGUCUCCUGCAAGACCCUCAUCAAUACUCUCAAAGACCCCGGCGUGCGUUGUCCGAACUGCAAUCGCCAAUACUGCCUCAAGCACCGGUUGCGAGAGGAGCACGAGUGCGCCAAGCUUACCCCGCUGGGCGCGCGGCAAGGCAGCAGCCCGAAUGAAACGAUCAAGUCGAUGUUCUCGCGGAUGCGCACUUGGGGCAAGGAGAAACAAGCUGCGACUUCGAAUCUGAUCCCGAAGCCCAAGGUCAAGCCGAACAGUCCUGCGGCGCGAAUCGCUAGCGUCAACGCGAUGAAGCGGUCAGCCAAGGGCGAUGCAGGUGUUCCGGCUGAUCAACGGCUAUACUUGCAUACGGUUGGCACGGCAGAUACACAGGCUGCUGAGCCGCCGGCUGGGGACUUCUACUUUGACUCGCGUUGGAAGGUUGGGCGGGUGCUUGACGAUGCGGCACGCAGGUUGAAGGUUGAGAACCUGAAUAACCGCGUUGGAGGAGAGGAGGCGCGUUUGCGAAUCUUUCAUGUCGAAUCUGGUGACUUCUUAGAGUUUUCGGAUACCAUCGGAGGCGGGAAACUGAAGUCGGGAGAUACCAUUGUUUUGUUGCGAGGCGCUGGUCUGGUCCUUGAGAACUCAUAA